UAGUUUCAGCCCUGCCUGCCCAUCUCCUCUGUGCCUGUGUCUCUCCCCCCUCUCUCCCUCUCUCUUCCUAUCUCUGUCAGUUCGGCUCAGUAGUAGGCUACGGAGAGAGUGAGACGAGGGCUGCUCCCUUUCGCCCCUACUCAGCUCGGCACACAAACACCAUACAUUCCGCACCAUGGCUGCCACGGACGUUGACAUAUUUUCAAACGAAGAGAAGCGCAACCUGAGUUUGGGCGGCCAUGUUGGAUUUGACAGCCUGCCUGAUCAGCUGGUCAGUAAAUCGGUCACACAGGGUUUCUGCUUUAACAUCCUCUGCGUCGGGGAGACGGGUAUCGGCAAAUCAACAUUAAUGAACACACUCUUCAACACCAUGUUUGAGAAUGAAGAGGCCAGUCACUACCAGAAUGGCGUCUACUUGCGGCCGCGGACCUACGACCUGCAGGAGAGCAAUGUCCAUCUCAAACUGACCAUUGUAGACACAGUGGGCUUUGGAGACCAGAUCAACAAAGAGGAUAGCUACAAGCCCAUCGUUGACUAUAUUGAUACUCAGUUUGAAAACUAUCUUCAGGAGGAGCUGAAGAUCAAGCGCUCGCUGUUUAACUACCAUGACACCAGGAUCCACAUCUGCCUUUAUUUCAUAGCCCCCACAGGACACUCGCUCAAAUCCUUGGAUCUGGUUACAAUGAAAAAACUGGAUAGUAAGGUCAACAUAAUCCCUAUCAUCGCCAAAGCUGACACAAUUUCUAAAAGUGAGCUCCAUAAGUUCAAGAUAAAGAUUAUGAGCGAGCUUGUGAGCAACGGCGUCCAGAUAUAUCAGUUUCCAACUGACGAUGAAGCCGUCACUGAGAUCAAUGCCUCCAUGAACGCCCAUCUGCCGUUUGCUGUGGUGGGCAGCGUGGAGGAGGUCAAAGUGGGGAACAAAACAGUGCGGGCCAGGCAGUAUCCCUGGGGCGUUGUGCAAGUUGAAAACGAAAGUCACUGCGACUUCGUAAAACUCCGAGAGAUGCUGAUCAGGGUGAACAUGGAGGAUCUGAGGGAGCAGACCCACGCCCGCCACUAUGAGCUCUACCGACGCUGCAAACUUGAGGAGAUGGGCUUCAAAGACACAGACCCUGACAGCCAGCCGUUCAGUCUUCAGGAGACGUAUGAGGCCAAAAGGAAAGAGUUCCUGGGCGAUCUGCAGCGCAAAGAAGAGGAGAUGAGGCAGAUGUUCGUUAACAAAGUGAAGGAGACGGAAGCAGAACUGAAAGAGAAAGAGAGAGAGCUGCACGACAAGUUUGAGCAGCUGAAACGAAUGCACCAGGAGGAGAAGAGGAAGGUGGAGGAGAAGAGGAGAGACCUGGAGGAGGAGAUGAACGCCUUCAACAGGAGGAAGGUGGCAGCCGAGACCCUCUCCUUAUCCCAGCCGCUCAAGAAAGACAAGGACAAGAAAAAUUAAUUUAUGGGCGCUGUAAACCCCCCCACACACAUGACCAUGGAUUUGUCGUCCAUCACCAUAGCAACAACAACGCCUGUUUUAUUAUUUUUGCUGACAUUCCACCGUGACAUUGUGCACAUGGACCAAAGACACUGAGGAUGAUGAGGAUGAUGAAGCCACAGGAGAAACAAAACACAGUGAAAGAGGAGAAAGCGCUCGCUCGCCAACAGUGGCCAUCUCAUUUAUUCAGGAUCACUCAUUCUAUGAUUUGGGACACUUUAUAUAUGCAUUUUGUUUUCUGUUUUUCUGUAGUUGUGACUUUGAUUUUUCUGUUGUUUUUUUUUUUUGCGUUCACCAUCAACUAUUCCCAGUAGAGACAGAGGAUUUAAACCCAGUGUUGGACAUUGACAAGUCAUGACCCGUCAGUUACUGCAGUGUAUCACACCCGCGUACAACAUUUCAAACAGUUCAGUAUAUGUUUCAAAAAUGGAGGCGUGCUUGAUUUUUCAGACCUGGCAUUUAAAUAACUUCAAAAGUUAUUCAAGAAAUCAAGGAAAAUCAUGCCCCUGCUUCAUGUUUUUCAAACACUUGAACUGUUUGAAAUGUAUACUGUUGUGUGGUUUGUCUGUUAGCCAUAGUUUUGUAAUCAGACCAUUUAGAUAAAUUAGCAUCUCACCGUAGAAUAGAGUCAUUCAUACCCACCAUAAACCAGGGUCUGUACUGAAUGAGCCCCCAUAAGGCAUUUAUAGCAAUACGACAAGCAGUAAAGCAGAGUACCUGUAUACUGUAUAUAAUUUUUUUUUUUUUUGCAUAUACAUAGGUACUGAUGAGCUAAAACAUAGUUCUAAGUCUUAAAAAAAUGAAACUUAUGCAAUAAUAUGCUGGUGCUGUUUCAUAUUAAUUCAAAAAAUAAACGCGUUAUGUGAAUAUUUUUAGAGCUUACCUGGCUUUAUUAUGAUGCCAAUAUGCAAAAUGUACUAGUUUUGUGAGUAUGAUAAUUAUGCAAGAAGCACAUAUGAUGCUGUAUGUUUCCCAUGAGUAAUGUUAACUGUUGGUGCAAACCAUGAAUGAUCGUGUUGAUUGGAUACAAGUGUUGUGUGACAGUUUACACACACACACACACACACACACAAGCCCGUUUAUACAUAUGUGUAAGAUUCAGGAAAACUAAAAAGCCUCAGGUGGCUGUAGAUGUGUUUACAUCCAGAGAUUGAGAAGAGAGCAGCUGUAUUUACUGUCGUUUGAAAUAAAUGCAAACCCCUCCAUCGCC